UGGGCCUCUCCUGCGCGCCGUCCGGUGUGAGGCCGAGUCCGGCAAGCCGCGCAACCCGGUGCCCGAGCCAUCGCGGACGCUGGAGGCUGGGACCCGGGGUAGGGGCAGCGGCUGGCGGCGUGGGACUGCGAGCUGCCUUCAGAUUGACGAUGCCAGUAUGGACAGAAUAGCUUAUGAUGCUGACCCCCAACCAUCACUUCCGAGACAUUGAGCGGAAACCAGAAUACCUCCAGCCAGAGAAGUGCGCCCCACCUCCCUUCCCUGGUCCUGCGGGAACCAUGUGGUUUAUCCGUGAUGGCUGUGGCAUCGCCUGCGCCAUUGUUACCUGGUUCCUGGUCCUCUAUGCGGAGUUUGUAGUCCUCUUUGUCAUGCUGAUUCCAUCCAGAGACUAUGCGUACAGCAUCAUCAACGGAAUUGUGUUCAACCUGCUGGCCUUCUUGGCCCUGGCCUCACACUGCCGGGCCAUGCUGACGGACCCCGGGGCAGUGCCCAAAGGAAAUGCCACUAAAGAGUUCAUCGAGAGCCUCCAGCUGAAGCCUGGGCAGGUGGUGUACAAGUGCCCCAAGUGCUGCAGCAUCAAGCCUGACCGGGCCCACCACUGCAGUGUCUGUAAACGGUGCAUUCGCAAGAUGGACCACCACUGUCCUUGGGUCAACAACUGUGUCGGCGAGAACAACCAGAAGUACUUUGUCCUGUUUACAAUGUACAUAGCUCUCAUUUCCUUGCACGCCCUCAUCAUGGUGGGAUUCCACUUCCUGCAUUGCUUUGAAGAAGACUGGACAAAGUGCAGCUCCUUCUCGCCCCCCACCACGGUCAUCCUGCUCAUCCUGCUGUGCUUUGAGGCGCUGCUCUUCCUCAUUUUCACUUCAGUGAUGUUCGGGACCCAAGUGCACUCCAUCUGCACAGAUGAGACGGGUAUUGAACGCCUCCAACGCAAGACGCAGCCCAGGGAGCACUCGGGCAGCUGGAAGUCGGUCCAGGAGGCUUUUGGUGGGGACUUCUCCCUGAACUGGUUCAACCCUUUCACCAGACCUUGUCAACCCGUGAUCCCCAUUGACAAGGGCUUGGUCCGGCAAGUGUCGUCUCUGUCAGACAUGGACAAUAUGGAGACCACUGAGAGCCAAUUGGAGGAGACAAAAGACAGGGACUCUGUGGAGGUGCUGGAUGAAUAGAGGCUGCCAAGAAUAAUACACCAACAGCAGCUGCUGGCCCGAUUGCACCCCCAGCUCCCAGGGCUCGUUCAGGCAUUCCCGUGGGGUUACCAACUCUCUCUCAGGGUGGGGUGUGGGUAGAGAAGAGUAGGGACUUUCUCUGAGUUCCUCUUAGCAGCGUGUGCCAAAAGGGAUGGUUGGGGACCAUUCUCCAGGCCUGGGAAGGCUGCCUAGUCUCUGCCCAGCAAGGGAAAUGAUGACCAGAAUGUCCGGGGGGCGGGGAGGGAGCCGCUUCUUCUAAAGGGCUGUCUUGGGGAUGCUGAGGGCCUUGGGGAAGGAUACUGACAUCAGGGAUGACCAACCUGAAAGGCUAGAGAGACUAGCCAUUCCUGGGGAAGGGAUUCCUUGUCUGGCUACUGGACCUGCCCUUGGGGCUUGAGCUUGGGCUUGGUUGAAAGAGCACCCCACCCACUUGAAUGCAUGCACAUGUGCAGAACCUGUGCAGAAGGAAAUGAGCCUGAGUUAUGACAGUCACCCAAAAUUAGUUCCCAUCCUAUAGAUAACUGGACUCCUUUCUGAGACAACAAUGGAGCCAGCCUUUCUGUGGCCACAAGUUUGCAUUCAUGUAUUGGGCUCCUGGAAAAAGUCUAGUAAGACACGGGAACAGGUACACCCAGAAAUGGUUACCUCUGCAUUUUAGAACAGUUCCCAGGAUGGUGCCUCAGACAGCUGUGUGGCUGGACAUGAGGUACAUGCCUUUAUUCCAGCGUUUGGGGCAGGCAGCCCAGCCUGGGCUGCAGAGCUCCAGGCUACAUAGAGAAACCCCAUGUUAAAAACAAAAGAAAACUGCAUGGUGGCUAGGACAUGCAGACCGCUGGGUGCCUGGGUCUGGGCAGCCCCCUGCACUCCCCAGUCUAUUGCCAUGGUUGCGGAAGCAGCAGCUUUUGCAUCUAAACAGAUAGUUUCAAGAAGCACACCAGCUCCCCGACUCAGACCUUGAACCAUUCCCAAGUGUUGCCUGCUCCAGCCCCGGCGGAGGAUUCUGUAUUACAUCCCUUCUUCCAUGUCCUGGACCUGUGGCCUUAUGCAUGAGUCAGGCUUUUCAGUUGUUUUGUUUUGUUUUGAGAUAGCGUUUCUCUGUAGCUUUGGAGGCUGUCCUGAAACUAGCUCUUGUAGACCAGGCUAGCCUCGAAAUCACAGACAUUUGCCUGCCUCAGCCUCCCCAGUGCUGGGAUUAAAGGCAAGCGCCACCACUGCCUGACAGAGUCGGUAUUAUUUGAGGACACUGAGAAAGGAAGGUUGUGGGGGGCCGAGGGCCGAGCAGUGGUCUUAUUCCUGGGCAGUCCCUGGAGGGUGGAGUUCCGUCAGAUCCCACGGUUCACCCCACAGAGUAGCAACAGGGAUCCAGCAUUAACAACUGUACCCUACCCCACCCUGCUGCAGGUGCAUUUCUUCUGAGCAGAUGUGUUUUAACGUUUAUCUCUACUAACAUCCUAGCCCAAGUUGGCUUUACUGCUGAUACUGUUUGGAGAGAGUGGUCCUCUGGCUGCAGGAGUCCUAACCCCUGGAUGACCUAUCAGAGACUCCACACCAAGGAGAAAGAAGGGCUAGUGACUGGGUCCCCAACAAGCAGCAGUUUUAAAAAGGAAGGAGCUGUAGAGUCGUUGUCUGUGCUGAGUCCAUGCGCUCUGGGGCUGAAGCCCAUCUUCCCUGAAGCCAGCUUGACUAGCAGCACAGCUUCCUCCCAGCCCCACAGCCGUCGGUUUCCAGAGUACUCCACUAGAAGAGCUGAGGUGGGCAGGCAUCUGCUCCCACAGGUUUAGAGCUAGCUCCUCCUCCUUCCUCAGCAAGCCCAUUAUCAUGUUAGGGCCUCAGCUGCAUCUCUCCCAAGGAGAGAUGGACAGCCAGGAUCAUGUAGGCAGCAGUCUGCUCAGUCUUGAGUCUUGUGCCUUCCCACCAGGACAGACACAGUGGCCUUCUCUCCUUGGUGAUUCCUGAGAGUCUGCUCAGUAGCGCAGCUGAUAAGAGGAGGCCCAGUGUUUCUGGGAGGGAGACGGGCUACACACCUGCCUCUUGUCUGAGUAAAAGCUCUCUGAUCUACCUCUGUAGUUAGAGGUGCCUGUUUUUAGCAACCUAAAGCCCUAGACAGCAUCCUUCCUCUCAGGCCCAACAAGUGUCAUACAGACAUUAACAGUGGCUUCAUGGGAUUACUAACUGGUCACCCCACAAGUACAUGCCAGACACCUGCUGCAUCCCAGGGAGGUGGACAGAUACACAGAAGGAAUCAGGACUGAGGUUUUCUAGUUCUGAACAAAUGAAGGUGAGAUGCUGACAGUGCUCUGGCUAGUUUUCUGUCAGUUUGGCACAGGCUAAAGUCAGUUGAGGAAAUGCCUCCGUAAGACUGGCCUAUAAGUGCCAGGCGGUGGUGAUGCGUGGUUUUUUUUUUUUUCCUCAUCCCAGCACUUGGGAGGAAGAGACAGGGUGAUCUCAGUGAGACCGAGACCAGUUUGGUCUACAAAGCGAGCUCCAGGACAGCUAGGACUGUUAAACAGAGAAA